ACAGAGGAAGUAAAUGCAACAUUUUUCAACUUUCUGCUAAGAUAUAUAUGUCAUUUUGCUAAGAAAAUGCGGGAUUAUGAAAUUAUGCAAGCCCUGCAUAUUUUGUGAGCAGAAAUCUGCAAUUUAUACCACAAAAGUGCGGCUUAUUUAAAAAAUGCAAAUAUGCAGACUUUGGCUAAUUAUGCAUUGAAUCAUGCGAUCACAUAAUCAUGUUUUUCUGGAGGGAUUGAUAUAAGUACUUCAAAGGUACAUAUUAGUACUUCAAAUACAUUUCUUGGUACCAUCCCAGUGACAGCUUUUGUACCUUGCUAUAAUUCUGAGCUCUGAUCCCUCCCCUCGGAGAGCAUGACAAAAAUGCUUUAUUAGGAUUACAGGUUAAUGCAAACUCAUGAAAUGGUAUUAAGAAUACAUGUGCAAUUUAUUUGAUGUUGCUAACUAAAAAAUUCGAAGCAACAAAUCAAACACAUAUUUUUCUGUUACUUUAACUUAAAAAAUAAAUUUAAACAUAUUUAACUUGAAUUUAUAAGUUAUGUCAACUUUUUAAGCCAAAAUUUAAAGAAGUAGGUUGAAUUGACUUGCAAAACCAAGUUUUUAAACUUUGUGCUGCAUUUUUUUACAGUGCGCUGUUUAUUUACAGUAUUAAACAUUUUUUAAACAUUUUUAAUAUUUGGAAACACUGAAUAUAGCUGUUGAAACACCAAAAGUAGCUGUAAAAAAUCCAACAGAAACUGGAGAACCAUUUAUAAAGACUACAUCAACAGCCUCAAUCUUAUUUACUGUACAGAUGAAGGCAGACGUUAAAUUCCAAGUGACGUCGGCUUAGGCCUAAUUAGUCAACAGGAUUGGAUUGAGGAAUUUUGGCAUAAGAAACGUGUCACAUUGUGACAAAGAGGAAGUUGGAUUAAAGCAACUUUAACCUGCAUUCACUUAUACUUUAAAGUGUCCUGAAAUUACUAAAUGAUACACAUUCGUCCGAUCUCAACAACCUUUUUAGCAUUCAGGAAGAGUCACAAAAGGAGCAUAAUUAUUUUUGACCUGUCUGGAAAUGCCGGAGAUGGAACGAUGUCAAAGUCCAUUAGCGUGAAUAGAAAAAGAGGCCACCCAAAAAAGGCGUAACGUCUCUCAUCCAUCACGACUUGAUCUUCCUGACCCAAAAGUACAGUUGAUCUGACAUUUGCUUGACAUUAUAAAUGCAUUUGAUAUUUGUGUCAGAUUUGUUCACAAUAAGCCUUUCCUUUUCUUGAAAGCAGUUUGGAAAUGCACCCUAAAUGGCCCAUUACAUGAUUACAGCUAUUUUGAACAACAAUUAAGUAUUUCUGUUGUAAUUUAAAGUGGAUCCUUGUCAAGUCCAAGCUUCAUUUUUGCCACUUACUGUCAGUUUUAAAAGGCAGAAGAUGACAUUUGACAUUUCAGGAGGCAGAUGAUGAAAGGGUCAGUCAUUCAAUCACAAUUUAGUGUCUUGGUGAAAAAUACUAGCGCUGGGGAUCUUAAGAAAACAGGCGUGUGUCUGACAGAAUACAAAAGGCAGUAUUUAUAUAUUUUUUUAAUCCUUAAGAUCAUUACAUUCUUAAGAAAUAAGGAUACAAAAGCUGUCACUGGGGCGGUACCCUUUGAAAAACUAUACACCAAGGGCUCACAUUGUACAGUAUAAUUGAUUUAUUUACUGGCAUCACAUUACAGUUUCCAUCGUACGGUGUAUUUACAUAAGCACUGAGUAAGUAUGUAAUAAACGGCAUGCACUUAUGUAUUCAACAUGGAAAGUAAUGUAAAUUGUUACUCACAGUAUAUUAUAAGGUUAGUGUAAGGUGCUGUGAUAAUCCCCCAGAUCUCUUGUUGGACUCAAAAGGUGAUUGUUUGGCCUGUCUCACACCUUUUAAUGAGGCCAUCAGAUUAGCUCCGUCACUUUCUGCGUGUCCAUCCUGAUCCCAUUUUGCUCCUUCACCACUAAUCUCCAUAAGUCAAUUAACUCAGAAUAUAAAAACCACCACCACCAUGCCGAAGUCAAAAGAAGGCAGGCGAACGCGAAGAACGCUCCAAGCAUGCCUGAUAACAUGGCCGGUCUUCAUGGCUUCGAGGGAGAAAACUACUACAUUCCUUUGAGUAACCGCACGGGGUUGGUGCGGGACCCCUUUCUGUACCCGCAGUACUACCUCGCAGACCCGUGGCAGUUCAGGUGUCUGGCUUUUUAUAUUUUUAUGCUCAUCUGUCUCGGUUUCCCCAUCAAUGGCUUGACUCUCGUGGUCACGGCACAACACAAGAAGCUCCGGCAACCUUUGAACUUCAUCCUGGUAAAUUUGGCAGUUGCGGGGAUGAUCAUGGUCUGCUUUGGCUUCACCAUCACCAUCACUUCGGCCAUGAACGGCUACUUCAUUCUGGGCCCGAUGGCAUGUGCCGUUGAAGGUUUUAUGGCAACACUUGGAGGUGAGGUAGCUCUCUGGUCACUGGUGGUGCUGGCUAUCGAACGAUACAUCGUGGUCUGUAAGCCCAUGGGAAGCUUCAAAUUCUCAUCAGGACACGCUAUGGGUGGAAUUGCCUUUACCUGGUUUAUGGCAAUGGCGUGUGCUGCUCCACCACUUGUCGGCUGGUCUAGGUACAUUCCCGAGGGCCUGCAGUGCUCAUGUGGGCCAGAUUACUACACACUCAGCCCUAAAUUUAACAACGAGUCCUAUGUCAUCUACAUGUUCGUUGUCCACUUUAUAAUUCCAGUCACCGUCAUCUUUUUCACAUAUGGACGUCUUGUAUGCACAGUGAAGGCGGCCGCAGCGCAGCAGCAAGAUUCAGCCUCCACCCAGAAGGCCGAGAGGGAAGUGACACGUAUGGUCAUCCUGAUGGUAGUGGGCUUCCUGGUGGCCUGGACCCCAUAUGCUAGUGUUGCAGCUUGGAUCUUUUUCAACAAGGGAGCCCCUUUCACAGCCCAGUUCAUGGCCAUUCCUGCCUUUUUCUCCAAGAGUUCCUCCAUCUAUAACCCCGUUAUCUAUGUGCUGCUAAAUAAACAGUUUCGCAGCUGCAUGCUAACCACUCUGUUCUGCGGUAAAAACCCCAUGGGAGAUGAGGAAUCUUCAGUGUCCACCAGCAAGACAGAGGUCUCUUCGGUGUCCCCGGCAUAACGACUUCCUGCCCCGCCCAAUCACACUUGGUACCCGUGAAAUUUUUGGAACGUUUGGAACUCCUCAUCUUGCACGCACUCCCACCUUCUCACUCAAUACAAGAGCACAGCACGCAAAUGAUUGUGUCCUGGGUAUCGGAUAUUUAUAUUCAUUGCUGCACUACACAAGCAUCAGUAAUAGGGGACACUGUAUUCAGAGGCGCUUGCUCUUUUUGGGGGGUGGGGGUCGAUGCCAAACUGCUAGCCCGAAUCUGAAUAUUUUCCUGUGUGUGUGGUUUUUUUGUUGUUGUUGAUGAACUGAUGCAAAUUUGUGCUGGUUUGUUGAAGGACUUGUGUGCUGUAUAUAUUUUUGUAUGUUAACGAGCAUGUAAAAAAGACAAAAAAGAAAUGUUUGGAAGUAAUAAAGUCUUGCAUUUAUGUUUCGUUUCAUGCAUUUUG